GUGUGUGUGUGUGUGCGUGUGUGUGUGUGUGUGUGUGUGUGUGAGUGUGUGUGUGCGUGUGUGUGUGUGUGUGUGUGUGUGUGUGUGUGUGUGUGUGUGUGUGUGUGUGUGUGUGUGUGUGUGUGUGUGUGUGUGUGUGUGUGUGUGUGUGUCACGGUGAGAAGUUCUCCUCCCAGUUGUUGCUCAACUCAGCUUCCAUAAGAAGUUACAAGUCCUCACUUGACGGGAAGUCCUCGCCCAGGACGCCACGUGACUUCACCUUCUAUGUGGACCCUACCUGGCUGUCAUGUGACCUCAGGUGGACUUCACCCUCACCUUCACCCUCACCCUCACCCUCACCCUCAUCCUCUUCCUCACCUCCGUCGACCGCCCGUCAUGGGUGUUGUUGAUGUUGUCCACCUGAUGAUGCUUUUCUGCUUCUGCUGGACCUCUGCACUUUGGGCUCACGACAUAGACAACUGCACCGACUACCGGCUGCAGUUCGAGAAGGUGUUCACGGUGCCGGGGGACGCCGCCAUGAUCAACUGCACCCUGGUAGCCCCCGACGUCUUCGACUUCGCCGCCGUGCCGUACGAGGUCAGCUGGCGCCGCCUGGAGACGGGUGAGGAGCUGGGCAACGUCAGCGCAGGUGUUUUGGUGCUGGGAGAAACCUUGUGGCUGCUCAACGUCACGCUGGAGGACGCCGGACAGUACCAGUGUGUGGUCAGAAGCGGCUCAGGUUGCUACAAACUGUCGACGGAGCUGCUGGUGGAGCGUCAGAGGGACGGCGAGUGCUGGAGGCCCCGCAAAGCCGGCCAGGUCCUGACGGUGGGCGUGACCGACACGCUGUCCUGUCCGCUCAGGGAUGUCAUGAAAAAACUGGACGGCUACGGCGUCCCCUUCUCCGUCAGCUGGCGCAAAGGCUGCGAGCUGGUGGAGGACGGCGUGGCGGGACACGUCUACCGCAGCAAGGCCAAGCUGAAGAUCCUGGACGUGGACCCCCAAAACAAGGACUUCUACACCUGCACGCUGACCUUUGACCUGGGCGGGGCGACAGUGUCUGUGUCUGAGACCAUCGAGGCCUGGGUCCAAGAGGAUUACUGCUUCCUGCCUCAAGUCCUGAAACCUGCCAAUCAAGUCUUCAAGGCACCCAUAGGUUCCAGGUUGACGCGUGCGUGUCAGGUAUUUGUUCCGUGCAUCGGGAAAGUCCCACAAGAUCCGAUGGUGGACAUUUUCUGGCUGGCCGACGAGGACUUUGUCUUCAGCACCGACGCCUCCGACCCCGUCUUCACCUCACCACUACGCGUGUGGACUGAAGGCGGUCCUGGUAAAGGAGUCUGGAUGGAGCGACUGCUGACCAUUGCGCACCUGAAGGAAGAGGACUUCCUCAUCAACUACACCUGUAUAGCGCAAAGUGGGCGGGGCCUACCUCAGGGACAUUUUGCUCUGCGGCCGCAAGAGCCGCCCGUCAUCGCCCCAAUCGGCGGCGCUCUCAGUGGCGUCACGCUAGUCUUCGUCGCCGCUGUCGCCGUCUACUUCCUCUUCAAGGUGGACAUUGUGCUCUGCUUCCGGAUGUCCUUUCCUGUCCUGUAUGCAAAUAAGGAUUGCGACGGGAAGCUGUUCGACGCCUACGUCACGUACCCGCUGAACUGCCAGGUGGGCUUCAGCGACCAGGUGUGCACCUUUGCCCUUCACGUCCUGCCUCAAGUGCUGGAACAAGCCUGCGGUUACAAACUCUUCAUAGCGGGACGUGACUGCCAGCCCGGGCAAGCCAUGGUGGACUCAGUGCAAGACAACAUGCUGGCCAGCCGCCGCCUUCUGCUGCUCUACAGCGCCUCCUCCUUCACCCGCAGCAGCAACAACAACAACAACAACAGUAACAACAACAACAACAACAACAACAACAUUGGCGAGGGCGUCUGCUUGGACGGGCGGCGUCAACACGAGUGUGUGACCGCCAUGCACAGAGCACUGCUGGAGGACACGCUCAAGGUGAUUCUGGUGGAGCUGGAAGAGAUGAGCCCGGCCCAGCUGGCUCACUUCCCGGAGUCUUUGCGUCAUCUGAGAAGGAAGCAGGGUGCUGUGUGCUGGUGGAAGUACCAGAGGACCAGGAGGAAGUCCACCUCCAAGACAAGUGCGACCACGCAGGACAAAGGGGACAUAUCGCCCUCGCUGUCUCCUUCCUCCAGGUUUUGGAAGGAGAUGCGUUACCACAUGCCAGUGAGGGGCACCAGGGGCGGCGCCCCCGAGAGGACCGCCCUGCUGAAGACCCAACAGGUCAUGGCAGCCUGGUCGGCGGUGUGGCUGCGAGGGAUCGCCGCUCUGGUCUUUGUGGCGCCCACACGCAGCCACCAGGCGGCGCCAGACACCUACCAGGCCAGCGCAGGCCGCCUCCUCCUGCUGCGAUGUCCCCUGACCGGCGCGCACAGCAACGUGACGUGGAGCAGAGCGGGGGCCGGAGGGGGCCCCCUGCCCCCCGGGGUGGAAGUGAGGGAGGGGCUGCUGUGGUUCCUGCCCGUGCGCACCUCUCACAACGGCACAUACACCUGCGGGGCCAGGGACCGGCCUGGACAACUGGUCCACUUUGGGGUCCUGGUGUCCCCUGACCUCUGCCCCCCGCCUGCCGAGGUCAGGAGCAUGACCUUGGGGGUCAGCCAAAGUCUCCCCUGCAAGCAGGACGACGUCCUGGGACUCAACCGCACGUACAACCUCCGCUGGCUCAAGGACUGCCACCCUGUGGAGCGCCAGGGGGGCGUGCCCGUGACCUCGCACGCCAGCGGCUCCAUGAGGCUGACCGGGGCCAGGCAGGAGGAUGCCGGGAAGUACACCUGUCUGGUGGAGGUCCGCCUCCACGGCAGGAAGUACACGUCGGCACGCAGCAUCCAGCUGGAGAUCAACCAGGUGGUGGGGCAGACGGUUUUUACCGAGCCGGAGGUGUUCCUCCAACAGGAAGUGGUGGCGGUGGAACUGGGUGCCAGGGUGCAGCUGAGGUGUCACGCCCUGAUGGGCUUCCAGGAGGACCAGGAGACCUUCUUGUUCUGGAUGGUCCACGGGACGUACGCCGAGGAGGACCAGGAGCUGCAGGAGUCUUUGCACUCCAGUCGCAGUGGAGGUCGGCUGGUCCUCACGUCCACUCUCACCAUCGCCAAGGUCGUCCCUCGCUUCCUCAACACUUCUUUUUCUUGUCGACUCAUGAACCCUCUCAUUGUCAAAGAUCGCCUCCUGCUGCUUGUGGAAGCCAGUCCCAGCCGCUCGCCAACCGCCGUGUCGGUCGGUGCGGCCGCCUCGCUGCUCUUCUUCUUCCUGCUGGUGGCGGCGGUGCUGCUCUUCUUCAAGGUGGACGUGACGCUGGCGUGCAGGAGACUGCGAGGACGUUUCAGCCGCCAGCGAGGUGAAGUCACGUCUUCGGGCGAAGGCGGCGGAAGGAGGUCCGCUUGUGGCCACCGCCUCCUCCCUUCAGACGUCUACGACGCCUUCGUCAGCGUCCUCCGUGCCGGCCGGCCCACCUCAGCCCACGCCGCCGCCGCCGCCUUCGCCCUGCGCUCGCUGCCUGAGCAGCUGGAGGAGCGCCAUGGUUACCGCCUCUUCAUCGCAGGACGUGACGACACACCGGGAGAAGCGACACACGACGCCAUGGCGGCCAUCUUGGGAAGAUGUCGCAGGCUGAUCCUCAUCCUGGCCUCUGGGGGCACGCAGGCGGAGACGGAGAUGAAUGACGAGAUGGAGACGGAGAAGAAGACUGCGCUGAGGCCCCAGUUGAGCUCGGAGCAGCAGCUGGGCGUCCAUGAGGCUCUGACCGGCCGGCCCCCCCGAGUCAUCCUGGUGGAGAUAGACGGCCCCCUGGACUACGCAGACCUGCCGGAGUCCCUGGGCUACAUCCGGAGGCGGCAAGGAGCUCUGACGUGGAGGACAGACGGACAGUCCAACAGACUUUUCUGGAAGAAGCUCCGCUACCACAUGCCCUCGCUGCCACAGGCCGGACGCCACUUGCAGGACGCCAUGUUGUCCACACCGCCAUCUUUCUAGCCACACCCUCACAAUGCUAUACCUUUUUUUAUUUCAGCUCACAUCUUUUUGACUUUACAUUAAAGACCUAACAAUUUCACGAUAAACUGCCGUAAAGUUCCAAACACUUCCGUGAACUUUCAAACUCGGGUGCUACUCGCUAGCAGCUGUUAGCCACAUACGAUAUUUCCUUGAAUUGCCGCCGGGGCGCUAAUUAUUUUAAAACCUCUUCUCACUCCGGCACUUACCAAAGGCAUGCGGUAAAUUUAGGCCUGCGCUUAUAAAUUUGAGUGUGAUGUAAGGAUAUCAUCAUGAAAAGCACAUUUAAUAAAAAAAACAUUAUUAUGGUCUUACCUUUACUUAUAAAUGAAGUCCAUGCGCAGCUCCUUCUGAUCAAAAGCAUCCAUAACUUGUUUAUAGAAGUCUUCCUUAUCUUUCUUCAGUUUUAAAAGUCUCUCUGUCUCCAUGGACCUUUAUUACCUCCUGCUUUGAUUGAAAGUCCAGUUUAGAAAACGUUUUUAUUUUAGAUAUGUAAUCCUCCAUGUUAAAAGUGCAAGCGAGAGGAAAAAAUAAAGGAUCGCUGCUCACUCUUGCUGCUUGUUGUCACUUCUUCUGCAGCCGAGUAGUCGCAAGAAGGAUCACUAGCGCCCUCUACCACCAGGAGGCGGGAGUCAUUUAAUGACUCAUAUUUGACACACGCAGCUACGGUAUAUUAAUAAAACAUAGCUGCUUACUGUUCUUUUUAGCAUAUUCAAUAGCUUGGACCUUAAAUCCUACUGAAUAGCUCUUAAUCUUCUUCCCUUUAUGCGAUUUCAAAUGAGUGAAAUCAGCCUCCUCCAUUUUGAAAAUGAUGACAGGUGAAGUGUCACUUGUGACGUGACGAGUUUGACCCGGUGGAAAUUCUAGACAUGCGCUAAUAAAAAUACUACUUUGCGAAACGAAUUUGACCCGGCAUUUAUCCUAAACCGGCGGUAAUGCUAAGCAUGCGCUAAUUAUUUUGCGAAACGAGUUUGACCCGGCAGCAAUUCUAGGCAGGUGCAUACUAUAUACCCGGCAGCAAAUCAAGGAAAUACCAGAUAUAUUUCCAAGUCUCACUAGCAGGUGUUAGUCACAUAUAUAUUUUCAACUCUCACUCUCUGAUCAUUUCAAGGACCAAACUCCUCUUUUUGUCUCUGCAAGUUUGGAUGGUGAGAAGAGGUGUCAGGGAGGAGAUAACACGAGAGUGGAGGUCCACAACGCCCAAAGAUUCUUUAGUUAGUUGCUAGCUAACUUAAAUGCUAACAUGCUAGCAUCUUUCCUCAUUAUGAACAGUUUUGCUUUAUCAGUAAAAAAAAAUGCCAAAAUAUAUUUAAUAUUUAGUUCAGCCAAGUACAGUAUAUUUUGUGUGUACUUUUAUGAAAUAAAGCUGGCUUGCAUGCCACCAGCGUGUGCUACAUAGCAUGAUGAAAAUGAUAA